AUGCUAUCAUACAGUCAAAUAGUUCGAAAGGAUCAAGAGCGUGAGAAAGAGCGUAAGAAGGAGUUGUAUGAUAAAAUAUUUUCCUGCUAUUUAACAACAAUACUUGCAAGGGAUAAAGAGGUAGUUGCAGUAUGGUUAAGUAUUUUACAAGAUCGCUGUGAAAUUUACCUUUCUAAGAACUCUGAUUGGCUAGACAAAGAUAAUAAGUUUAUUGAUAAUAUUACGAAAUAUCUAAAAAAUAUAUCGAAGAAUGCUCCCGCAAAAUCAGAAGAUAACGAAAGGAAUUUUCUCGUGGCUGUGACACUUUAUUGUUCUACUAAACUUGAGUCUAGAUUGAAAAAACUUAAGGAUGAUAUUGAAUUCUAUGGUGAUGAUGAACACGUUAAAUCUUUCAAAGAUUUUUUUUCGGCUAAGGUUGGCGAUACAAAUAAUACAAGUACGAUCACGAUAUCCGGAGUUUGUAAAGAGUAUUAUAAGAAAAUUAAAAAAGCUAAAGUUGAGUCUAGGAUUCCCUCAGAAUUUUUAAGACAUAUUAAAAAAGUGGCGUCUUAUAUGGUAUCAGUUAUAGGUAUCAUAAAAUGUGCACGUAAUAUACAAUACAAAUCAUUAUUCUCUAACGUUCAAGUGUUUAAAGGGGGGCCUGUUAUCAUAAAUAAUCAUCCCAUAUAUUCGUGGAAAAAUAUUAUCAAAAGGUUUAUUGAUGAAGACAAAUAUAAAUGUUUCAUGGAUAGGUGUUCAGAAAUGCCCGAAGUAAUGGAAAGAAUCAGUAAAGUAUAUACUGACAAUGCUACACGAAAACAACAACAACUUGAUGGUGAUGACGUUAAAAAAUAUAUAUGCUCACAUGCGCAAAUGAACAUAUUGGCCCUUAUUAUCAACAAGGGAAUUAAAAGUAGGGUGUUUAUAGCAGUGUUCAAAAGAUGUUGUUACUUGUGCAAACUUUACACUGAUUUUGCACGAAAACAAGGAUAUAAUAUCAUCGUCUUUGAACCACAAUUUUUUACUAAUUAUGCAUUUGAUUGGAAAUACAUGAAAAUAUGUAGUGAAUGGCAACUUCCGCAUGUAGAGGAUAAUGACUUCAAGGCCAGAUCCCUAAUAUAUAUACUAAAAAAUCUUGAUCAAAUCAUAGAGAAAAAAUUAAAACACUAUACCAGUAGUUUGUCAGCGAAUUCUAGUGAUGAUAAUAUAGAUAUGUAUAUAAAAAAGUUUAGCAAUGAAUUUGAAAAAUUUGAAAAGUAUACCCUACUACCUUAA